AUGGCCGACGCUUCCUCGACAUGGCGAAGCGGCGCAUCUUCUGCAGCUUCAUCGGUAGCUCCGAACAACGCUGCUAGUGGCGGCAGCAGCAACUGGGGUCGUGGCGGCAGCACUUCCUCUUCUGCCACUCAGCAGAAUACCAAGAAGAAAGGCGGCGCCGCUUCUCGCUCUAGAGGUGCUGGAGGCGCUUCGAAACCAGCAAAGGAUGUAAACUCAGCCAUCGCCGCGACUGCGACCGCGACCUCGUCGUCGUCGUUACCCUCUUCAGCAGUGCCAUCCUCCAAUUUCAAAUCUGGAGCACCCGCCAAAUCCACCAAGUUCCUGCCAACACAGCCUCUCCCUUACCACUCUCUUCAGAACAUCAAGGAUUACUACCAUGGCCUCCUCGACAGCGGUCUGGUCAAAAAGGCAUGGCUCGACAAUCCAAAGAAUCCAAUCCAAAACUACGUCCUUCACCGCACCGGCACCUACCCGGUCUUUACCGUCGAGGAGGGUCAGGUUGAAGGUCGAAGGGAUACCAACUUCCGCUGCACUCUCUGCUUCGAUCCCGAGUACGACUGGACCGUAUAUGGUGAUGCCAAGACCGCAAAGGAUGCUGAGCGUGUGGCUGCUCUUCAUGCCGUCCUGUUUCUUCAGAACAGCGGCGAUAUCCUCACAAAGACACCCACCGCCUCUGCUCCAGCGCCGUUGGUACCCCAGCAACAGGGUCCUGUCGCCAAGCUCAGCGAUGGCUCUGAGCUGACCGUCCAGCGUGCGCGCGAGUUCAUCGACUUCUACUGCAAGCGUUUCAAUCUGGGCAAACCCGACGUUCGUCAGUCUGCAGGCAAGCAGGGCAAACCAAAGCGUGGCGCUGCUAAAUGCUCUUCUGCAGCGUCCCAACCGCACGCAUCCAUGUACAUCGCCGGCAACGAGAUCGGCGCCGCCGUCGGAAAGAACAAGAAGCAGGCCGUCGCCAACUGCUACCUCGAAUCCGUCUCGUACAUCGAGUCGACCGAUCCCUCGCUCUGGAAGACCUUUUCUUUGCUUCAUAAGCCCGGCAUGUCGAUCAACAAGGCGCCCCACGUCACGUUCAGCAUGAGCGAAGAGCUCGACGACUCGGUCCAGAACAUCUACGACACGAUGGUUCGCAGCAAGAUCUACGCAAAACGCCCGCGUACGAUCGGCGUCGCCCCCGCAGGUGAAGACCCCAACGCCGUCUCCAACGACGCCAACGACCAGCUCGCAAAGCAACGUCAGAUGCGCCAGCAGCGUGCACGCCGCUUCAACCAGCAGUUUGGUGCCACGGAAGACUCGCUGCAGCGCAAGAGCGAGCAGCUCGAACUCUCGCUCGCCAACUACUACUCGGACGAGGCCAUGGCCAACAUGCGCUCCCAGCGUCUCAGCUUGCCCGUCUCGCAGAAGCAGUCCGACGUCCUCGUCAAGGUCGAGCUCAACCAGGUCACCAUCUGCAUGGCCGCUACCGGUUCCGGCAAGACCACUCAGAUCCCGCAGAUUCUAUUCGACGACUACAUCCUCCAAGGCAAAGGUGCCAAAUGCAAUAUUGUCUGCACACAACCCAGACGUAUCGCAGCUAUCAGCGUUGCGGAGCGUGUUGCAAAGGAAAGGGGCGAGAAGCUCGGUCAAACCGUCGGUUACCAGGUUCGUUUCGAUGCCAAGCCGCCCCAACCCAAUGGUUCCAUCACUUUCUGCACCACCGGUGUAUUCCUGCGUCGCUUGCAGUCGGCGCUCGGCGACACCGAGUCCUCCAAUACCUUCCUCGAUUCGGUCACGCAUGUCGUCAUCGACGAGGUGCACGAACGAGACGUCGAGACCGAUCUGCUUCUUGUCGUCAUCAAGCGUCUUUUGGCAGAACGUCGCAGGCUCGGCAAGAGGGAGAUCAAAGUGGUGCUCAUGAGCGCCACCAUCAAUCCUACCCUCUUCCAAUCCUACUUUGCCGAUCCGUCCGGCAACCCUGCGCCCGUCGUCGAGAUCCCCGGUCGCAGCUACCCCGUCGAAAAGCAUUACUUGGAGGAGACGGUGCGCAACCUCGAGUCGCUCCGCCUCACCCCUCAGAUGGGUGGCUGGGUGUGGGGGGAGAAGAACGUCCGCGACUACAUCGAGCGCGAGAUAUACCAACGAGGCGGUUCUGCUUCGCGCGGCAAUGCCUACGGCGGUGCCAGGGGCGGUGCGGGCGGCGGAUACGGGAACAAUGCGAUUGCGAACGCCACUGCUAACGAGCCUGUCGAUCCCAUGGCGGACCAAGUCGACGAUCUCGAAAUCCCGUAUCCGCUCGUUGCGCUCAUCAUCGCCUACGUGCUAUCGAUCAGCGACGACGGACACGUGCUCGUCUUCUUGCCCGGUUGGGACGAGAUCAAGGCGGUCAACUUGCUGCUCACAGACACACAGUAUCAUCCGCUCCUGCGCACCGACUUCAACGAUCGCGAUCAGUACGAGAUCCACAUCCUGCACUCGACGGUCCCCGUCCAAGACCAGCAGGCCGUCUUCGAGCCCGUGCGUCGCAAGGGCAUCCGUCGCAUCAUCCUGGCCACUAACAUUGCCGAAACAUCCAUCACCAUCCCCGACGUCGUCUACGUCGUCGACACCGGUCGUGUCAAGGAGAAACGCUUCGAUCCGGAACGUCACCUUUCCAGCCUGGUCUCGGCGUGGGUGGGUACGUCGAACCUCAACCAGCGUGCAGGUCGUGCGGGCCGUCAUCGUCCGGGAGAGUACUUCGGUGUUCUCAGCAAGUCUCGCUACGAUCGUCUCAAGGUGAACCAGACAGUGGAGAUGAAGCGAACCGAUCUGAGCAACGUGGUGAUGCAUAUCAAGGCGCUCGAUAUCCCGGGGAUGGAGGUGGAAGACGUGCUGGCUUCGGCGAUCGAGCCCCCGGCGCCGGAGCGCGUGUUGGCAGCGAUGGAGAAGCUCAAGAUGGUGGGCGCGUUGGACAUGUACAAGAACCUGACGUCGUUGGGGAGGGUGCUGCUGCAGCUGCCGGUGGAUGCGCCGAUGGGCAAGAUGUGUCUGUACGGCGCCUUCUUCCGAUGUCUUGAUCCGGUGCUUUCGCUGGCGGCGAUCUUGACGAGCAGGGAUCCGUUCAUGGCGCCGAUGCAUCUGAGGGAGGAGGCGGAGCUGGUCAAAGAUCGGUGGUGUCCGCCCGACUUUCGGUCGGAUGCGCUGUGCAUCCUGCGCGCGUACAUGCGGUGGUGGGAGAUGCAGUCGCGCGGAGAUUUUGCGGCUGCGAACCGGUUCUGCCAGGACAAUUUCCUGAGCAAGCUGACGCUGCUGCAGAUUCAACAGGUGAAGGAGCAUCUGUUUCAAAGCAUGGAGAAGGCGGACAUCAUUUCGGUGAUCCAGAGCUCUUCGCUGGGUGCUCAGGGGAACGGAAGCGGAGGGAACACGUAUUCGCGCUACCGCAGACCGCGGGAGACGGACGCCGAGUUCAACACCAACGCCGACGUCACAUCGCUCCUCGCUGCGCUCGUAGCUGUCUCCUCCCCGCCCAACUUUGCCAUCCGAAGCGGCAAAGCGAGCUACCGAACCUCGCAGGACAAGUCGUGCCUGAUGCACCCGUCGUCGAUCUGCCACACCAAGUUCACCAAGCACAAGCCGUGGGAUGCGGCCAACAUGGGCGAGAAGGAGAUCUUUGCCUUCAGCGAGAAGAUCCGCAACGCCUCGGGCAGCGCCGGCAACAACGCCUCGACGAUGCUGCGCGGGUGCACGCGGCUGGAUCCGCUGACGUUCAUGCUGUUCGGUGCGACCGAGGUGCGGGUGUUGGGCGAAGGCGUGGAGUGCGAUUUCUGGCUGCCGAUUACGGGCAAUACGGAUUCGCUGGAUAAUUUGGAGAAGCUGAGGUCGAUCAUGGAUGUGAUCAUGUUGAGGGUGUUUGAGGGGAUUGGGAAGGUGAAGAAGGAUGGAGCGAGGAAGGGAGGAGCGAGGAGGGAGGGGGAUGAGGAUGAGGAUGAGGUGGGGGAUGAUGAGGAGGAUGAUGCGGAGUGGGGGGACAGGACGGAUCUGUCGUUGUCGGCGCAGGAGAUCGGAGAGUUCGAGUACAUGAGUCAAGGGAUCGUGCACAUUCUGGAUGGGUAUGCGCAGGAGAGGGGAUGGGGAUCGAGCAGCAGGGGAUCGACGCGACCGGCCAGUCCAUCGUCGUUCGGUAUGGGUGGGCUCAGCUUGCAAGAACCGGCUUCGGCGAGGUCGUCGGCGGUGGCAUCGAGCGCAGGCGUGUACGGAGCGGGAGGUAGCAGAGGCGGCUCGUCGAUCAACCUGACGAGCGCGCCUGGUAGCAACGGGGGUAGUCGAUGGACGAGUCGAUCGCACACGCCGGAUGUGCAGCAACAGCAGCUGCAGAGCUCGAGCGCUGCUCCGAGCGUGGCUGCGAGCAGCACGACGAACGCUACGACUGUGGCGACGUCGGAGGAUGGCGCGGGAAAGAAUGGCAAGGGUGGGAAGGGGGAUGCUUCGAGAGGCAGUUGGAGGGGCAGAGGGGGAGGACGUGGUGGAGGACGCGGAGGAGGUGGCAGGAAUGGACGUGGUUCUUCCGCGGCAAAGACCGCUCCGGGCGCCUCGAACUAG